AUGAAUGUGGUGUUGGCAAUAGAAGUUGAUGAUAAAGGAGAGUUUGGAGUGACUAUUGAGGAGAGGAUGGCUGUCGAAACAUUAGCAGUCAUGUUGAUGAACUUUGAACCUGAUUUCUGGUCUGACUAUGUAGAGACUGUGAAUGUUAUGCAGGGAAUGGGAGCACAUUAUUAUGCUCCAAAGAAACUGGAAUUGGAUUUGAAAAAUAGGCCAAGUCCUCCAGCAAAACCAUCCAUUGAGGAGCCACCUAUGCUGGAACUGAAACAGUUACCCAGUCACCUGAGGUAUGUAUUUUUAGGUACUAACAACACUUUGCAUGUGAUCUUAGCUGCAUAUUUGAAUGAAGAACAGAUUCAAGAUGUGAUCAAAGUGUUGAUAAGGUACAAAAGGGCUAUUGGGUGGACCAUUGCUGACAUCAUCGGGAUACCUCCAGGUAUAUGCACCCAUAAGAUCCAACUUGCGGAGGACUGCUACUCAAUCAUUGAACACCAGCGGAGGCUAAACCCACCAAUGCAAGAGGUGGUCAAAAAGGAGAUUAUGAAGUGGUUAGAUGUUGGGGUGGUGUACCCCAUUUCUGACAGUCACUGGGUCAGCCCAGUGCAAUGUGUUCCCAAAAAAGAUGGUAUGAUAGUGGUGGCGAAUGUAAAGAAUGAGUUGGUCCGACAAAGACCAGUCACUGGAUGGCGAGUGUGCAUGGACUAUAAGAAGCUGAACAAGAAGACCUUGAAGGAUCACUUCCCAAUGACAUUUAUGGACCAGAAGCUUGAAAUGUUGGCUGGAAAAAGGUGGUACUAUUUCUUAGAUAGAUACUCUGGCUACAACCGGAUAUCAAUUGCUCCUGAAGAUCAGGAAAAUACCACAUUUACAUGUCCUUAUGGCACAUUUGCGUUUAAACGCAUUCCAUUUGGACUAUGUAAUGUACCAGCAACCUUCCAGAGGUGUAUGAUGUCUAUCUUCUCGGACAUGGUGGAGGACACUCUAGAGUAUGGCUGGCAACGGGACCGGCAUUUCAUCAAGGACUUCUCAAAAAUUGCACACCCCUUGUGCAAGCUUUUGGAAAAGGAGGUGAAAUUUUCUUUUGAUGAGGCAUGUCUCAAAGCCUUCGAAUGCCUGAAGGAGAAGUUGAUUUUUGCCCCAGUGAUCAUUGGCCUAGAUUGGGCUGAACCAUUUGAGGUAAUGUGUGAUGCUAGUGUCACUGAACAUGAGCUACUGGUUGUGGUGUAUGCUUUCAAGAAAUUCAGAGCUUACUUGUUGGGUACUAGAGUAAUAGUCCACACGGAUUAUGCAGCUCUGAGAUACCUCAUGGCAAAGAAAGAUGCCAAACCAAGGUUGGAGGCUGAAAAUAAAGAGGAACUUGAGCUCGAAAUCAAUGAUUCAUUCCUGGAUGAGCAUGUAUUAGACGCUACUCUUGAUCUUAUUCCUUGGUUUGCUGAUUUUGCUAACUUUCUUGUUAGUGACUUGAUGCCUGAGGGGCUGACAUUUCAGUAA